AUGCGGGUGGGGAAAGACGAUCAGAAUCCCUGUUUGUCUACCACUGUGCAGAUCAGCCGCAUUGAGUACAUCCACUCCAAGAACUUCAUCCACAGAGACGUGAAGCCUGACAACUUCCUCAUGGGUCUGGGGAAGAAGGGCAACCUGGUCUACAUCAUCGACUUCGGCCUGGCCAAGAAGUACCGCGACGCCCGCACCCACCAGCACAUCCCCUACCGCGAGAACAAGAACCUCACCGGAACCGCCCGCUACGCCUCCAUCAACACCCACCUGGGCAUUGAGCAGUCCCGGCGUGACGACCUGGAGUCUCUGGGCUACGUGCUCAUGUACUUCAACCUGGGCUCUCUGCCCUGGCAGGGCCUGAAGGCGGCCACCAAGAGGCAGAAGUACGAGCGCAUCAGCGAGAAGAAGAUGUCCACGCCCAUCGAGGUCCUGUGCAAAGGAUAUCCCUCGGAAUUCGCCACGUACCUCAACUUCUGCCGUUCGCUGCGCUUCGACGACAAGCCCGACUACUCGUACCUGAGACAGCUGUUCAGAAACCUCUUCCACAGACAGGGCUUCUCCUACGACUAUGUGUUCGACUGGAACAUGCUCAAGUUUGGAGCGAAUCGUGCAGCGGAGGACGCCGAGCGCGAGAGGAGGGAUCGUGAGGACCGGCUGAGGCACGGCAGGAACCCAGCGGCACGCGGCAUGCCAUCAGCCUCAGGCCGACCCCGUGCCACGCAAGACGUGCCACCCCCCACGCCACUCACACCCACCUCACACACAGGCAUGGAGCGGGAGAGGAAGGUCAGCAUGAGACUGCACCGCGGCGCCCCCGUCAACAUCUCGUCCUCAGACCUGACGGGUCGGCAGGACACCUCGCGCAUGUCCACCUCACAGAAUAGCAUUCCCUUCGAUCAUCAUGCCAAGUAGCUGCUCGACACGUUCUGGUGUGACGGCAGCCCCGGGCUCUGUCACGCGUCACCCCCAGUGGCCUGCAGUCUGCGGUACCUCGAUGAGACCAGACCUCCCCCUCCCUCUGCGCCCCCAGCACACCCCACCUUCCCAUCCCUUCACUUGACACCGAGGGCAACGGCACCCUGAGGGCCCAACCACCUUGACCAGGACAUCCAGCAGCCGACGACGAUCUGUUGCGGGAUAGACGGGGAAAAAACGAAGAAAAACCAAACAAAAAAAUAUCGACACAAAAAACGACAAAAGUGCGCACACACUCACAAACACAACCAUGAAUCUGCGACCCAAGCCAGUCAAGGGCCAGAGACUUUCAGUCCUCUCACCUUUUCUUCCGAACACCGCUCUGUCUAGCCAUACGUCAUGCUAGCCCUCAUGGUGGGGAACAUGAACAAGACUUGCGCGCACACACAUGAACACACACACAUACAUACACACACGCCUACACACACACACACACACACACACACACACACACACACACACACACACACACACACCUGAACACACAAACUUGACACAUUUGUUUUUUGCUCCACUGCUCUUUGCCUGAGCCUCGCCCAUCAUGUAGGUGGAUGUCCGUUGGCCGUCGUUGCCUUUGCCACCCUGGCAUACGCUAAGAGGAAGUGCCCUCCUCUGUCAGUGGGGUAACCCCCCCCCCCCCCCCCGUCCUCUCAUGACCUCAAAAAGCCCCCCAGCGAUGUAGAGGCAGCACACUAGCGUCCCUCUGUCCUCCUCAGUCUUGCCCCCAUUGCCCUGAACACCCCCCCCCCCCCCCGCCCUCCCUCUCUUUUUGCCCCCUCCCAGGCACAGAGGCUGAUGGCUCUGGGGCAGACCUGGGACUGCGGCUGCACCAAUGGCAUUUUUCCACCCAAUUAUUACCCUCCCGCUCUGUGUUGUAUCAAAGGCAAACUUCAAGCAGUUUCUACCUGUUGCGGUGAGUGCUUGGACGGAAGCUUCUGUUGGCGGGGUCGUUUUUUUUCAGGCUUGUGACACGAAAAACUCGUGUCAAUGUUUUUUUUUAUUUCGUAUUUGUUUUAUUUGAACCGUGAACUCCAGGCCGGAGACUGUCUGUCUGAAAAUCCCUGCAUCGCCAAUACGAAAUACGAGGGGGUGGGGUGAGAAUGCCAGCCCCAACAUGCCUGUAUGCCACACUCUAGUGCAGUGGAUCCAUUAGCAAAACAUGCAGAAAUGCGUUUGUUUUUUGUUUAUUUUUAUGUAAAAGGGGGAAACCACCGAAAAAGCUAUUAUUUCCCUGUUCUCACAGUCAGCUGUUUUGUUCUACUUUCUCAGUUCUAUAAGCGCCUGGUUGUUUCUGUUCCCGGGCGGUGAGCGUCCCCCCCCCCCCCAUGAAGCUUCUCUUUAUGUUUUUAAUGCUGUUGGAAAGCUGUGAAAUGCCUGCAUUGUAGAAAUGUCCAAUGUUGACGUUGCUGUUUUUCGUUCUGGUUUUAACCCUGCACCAAUUUCCCCCUCCCUGUGGAAGGCGAUCUGGGGAGGGGAGACUCACAGCGGGAGUGGAACAGCCCUCACUCCCCUCGGUCUCCAUGACUACCCCUGUGACUGGAGGAUGCUCAGCGCCUCAGCUUGAUCUGAAGUCACUUAAUCCCCAAGGGCUCUCUCUCUCUCCCUCCCUCUCUCUCUCUCUCUCUCUCUCUCUCUCUCUACCCCUCUCUCUAGUUUCCUCUCUGUCUCUCUUUCUUCUCCUUCUGAUUUUAUUUGUCUGUUGUUUGUCCUGUUUUCUCUCUCUCUCUUUCUCUCUCUCACGUUUAUUCCUCGCUCUGUCCUGUUUCCCUCUGACUGCUUCAUGGGACGUGUUCUUUGAGCAGGGAUGGCUGAGCACCAGCCGUCAGCUCUCAUUAAAAGAAAGCCAUGUCUAUUUUGGAAUCAGCCUCUUUUUCUUUGGGAAGAGGGGGGGGGGGGGGGGGGUCCUCUUCAAGCCUAUAUUUUAAAAAAGACUUUUGAACUCAAUUGGGUUAUUUUGGGGUUUGAUUUUUUUUUUUUGGUUUGUUUUUAAAAGCGUACUGAAUUUAUUACAAUGGCUUUACUUAAUUUUUUUUUAUUAUUAUUAUUUCUUCCAAAUCUGUAGCUCCUGGACUUCCUGGUGUUGAGUCCUGACGGAGUUGAAACGGCCGGCUUGCCGCGUCAUAUCAUUCAGCCUAUUAGAGCAUUAGACCUUUUUCUUGUAGUCUGUGGGGGGAAAUGGGGAGGUUUAGUGGUGAAAAAACUCUUUCAGUUCUGUUGUCAUGUGUAUAUAGGAUGUUUCUAGUGAUGGCGAAGCUCCAUUUUUACAUAGCCUCUGUCUGUCUCUGUAGUGCGAGGGUGCUGAAGAAAAGGUUAGUGCUUAGCAGGGCGAUGUGUGAACUAGUUCUUUUCACUUCUGGUGGUCUGAAAAAUAUAAAAACGCCAACAAAAAAAAAUACGUGAAAAAAUACAAAAACGCUCACAAACUUAUUUGGGGAUGGUCCCUUACUGGUGUUAGUUACACUUAAGAGUGGAGAAGAAGAAGAAGAAAAAAAAGACACGAGUACACUUUGUUUGGGAUCAACCAACUGUCUUUUAUUCUUUAUUUUUAUUUUCUGUUCUUGGAUUUAACGUUUUCAUGACCUGGUUUCAUUCGGUCUGUGACUGCAGAGCCACACGUCACGUCACACUGUGCUAGCAAACUCUCUCAAAUGGAAUUAUGGGAAAUCUUCUUGCCCUGUAAGAUUUUUCUCCUCAUUUGUAUUGCCACUGUAUUUGUGUAUUUUAAAUUGUGUAAAUAAAUUAAUAAGUACUUGUA